AAUAAAUACUAAGCCGCAUCCUGCAACCUGUGCCUGCUCAUUGUUACAUGCAUUGCCCCAAAUCAAAGGGCGACUAACUUGCAGCCUGCUGUCUCCAUUCUGGUAAGCAGUGCCUGCGUCGACAAUCGCCUAGAGCAACUCUCGCUCUGUGAAACACCGGAGCAACGACCGACACAAGAUAAGGCACUGAUAGUCUAAUAGGAGGAAGACUCUGAAUAAUUGUCGCGUGUGAAAAUCUAGCCUCUUCAUCAUGGACCCUACAAAGAGCUUCCAGGAGUCUACCCGCGACAUUAUCAACUUGAUUAUCGCCUCGUUUCACUCGAGCAUCGAAUCCAUUCCAUCGAUAGAGCAGAUCAAGACGAAUGUCACUGAAAUGGAUCGGACGCAGGUGGCUAUUGUGGUAGCGGUCGCGACUAUACUGCUUUCGCAAUUAGUUUUUAAAUUUCGCAAUUUCAAAUCCGUGCGAAAAUCCCGAUUUCUCGAUUCCCCUGGGUUCCCACUCCCUGAAGCCGCAGAGAACUUCAACUUGGCGACGCAAGAGCCGCUCAAGUUCCGACCAUUCAGACCCAAGUAUCACCUUACAAUGGGCCUCGAAACGCUCAACCCCUCCGAACUCAUCCCCAUGGACAUGACAUACAAGGAGCGAAUCCGAUACCGACGCAAGCUACUCAGGGAACACCACGACAUUGUCGUCGCGAUCCACGAUGAGUCGGACAAACGUAUUGUAGGCGCCAUUAGCGAAUUAUACCGGUAUAUCAUGUCAACAUAUCUCCCCGUGCGCUAUCCAACUAUGUUCCGUCUCCACGAAACCGCGUUUGAGUCUGGGAAAGCGUAUAUGCUGGAGAAUCUGGUGAUGAACGAGCUAUAUCCCUCGGAGGUCACGAAGUUCACCUCACCACUGCGCGCUUUGGAGAUUCUGCUCAAGACGGUAGAUGAGGAUUUCCUAAUUCUUCUACCUGAAGAUGAAGCAGAUGAGAAAUCUAAAUACAGACUUGUCGCCUACGAAACAUGCUAUCCUGCAGGCUUCAACCCGCGCAAGAAGCUGGGCAACCGGCUCGCAAAAAUCCACGAGCCGGUUCCAGGCUAUGCAGAAAAGUUGGAGAAGAGUGUGGAUCGGUACUUUGAGAGUCUCGAGGUGGGAAAGUAUGUGAGACGGGUGAAUUGGAGUAUUUCGACGAAUACAGAGUUAUUCGCUGCGUUCGGCGGACUGCACAGUAAUGCAGCAGAGAAGGAGGAGAAAAUUAAGGAGGGGGAGUUGGACAUUGAGACGACCCUGCUUCGAUGCGAGCGUCAGACUCUACAUCGUCUACCCACAUCAAAGGCUCUUGUAUUUGGCUUCCAUACCUACACAUAUCCGCUAAGUCAGAUCAAAGAGGAGGGACUGGGCGAGGAUCUUGCGGUGGCUAUUGAUGGCCUGAAAGAAGGAAGUUCGCCGGCCAUUCAUGGCUAUAAGCGAGGCCCUGUCUGGGCGGACGCCGUCAAGGCGUAUCUGCGUAGCAAGAAUUAAGAUUUUGUUGAUAAGUACAUUUUAAUUCUAUCAGACCUCG